AUGCUUUCCGUGCUGAGGAACACCCUCCGAAACGCAAAACGUUUGGGAAACUUGAAAUUUUUUUUACGAGAAGCGGACUACUCCCCGGGGGAGGAACAAACGACACGUCGGGCCACUAGACUUAACUGCGAUUAUGGUUCCCCCCAUUUGAAUAUAUUUUUUAACGACGUGAAUAUAUUAGUGGAGGGUCCGCGCAUGGCGGAGAAGAACAGCACGCUGCUGUUUAAUAAGGUUCGAAAUGACAAGCGGCACAGAAAACGGGCCUUUCAGAAAAGGGGCUACUGGAAGAAGAUGCACUACUUCACGCGCAAGGCUAACAUGAUGAG